AUGCAUAAGCCAAUUACUCCAACUAAAUCAUAAUCUCCAUAUAAUUCAGGUAAAAAGAAUCCAGAUUACAUUAAUCCUACAUUUGUUAGUCAAGCUGUGUUUCAAGACAACUAAUCAUAAAAUAAGGCUUUGUAACAUGGACAUACAAAAUAAAAUAAUUGUUAUUACACAUAUUAUAAUUAAUCUUAAAAAAUAUAAAUUGAAAAGACUUAAGGAACAAUUGAAAAAUAGCGAUAUGGAAAUAUUUUGAAGUUUGAAGAAAAGCGAUUUGAAACAAAUGAGAAAAACUAUUUUAUUGAUAGGAAAAAGUAAUUAUCUUAACAUGAACUCACUCCUGAUUACUCACUCAAUCGUAUAAAACGGAAUAGUUAAAUUGAACUCAAUAUGUCUUGGAACAAUGGAGUUUAGGAUCAUUAAAUCAAAUAAGAUAUCAAAAAGGAUGAAAAAAGAAAACUUUACACUGAAAUAGAGUAAACAGAGUAAUUUUAUUCAUCAGUUAAAGAGAUUAAUCAAUCUGUUAAAGAUUUUAAAGCAUAAAGCUAUUUAAGAGGAUUACAAUUAUAGAAUAGACACAAUUAAUAUUUAAAGGAAGUAGAAAAAACUAAAAAGUUAGAAGAAGAAAUCAUAAGAUCCCAGGAACUCAAAAUAUAAGAAUUAAGGAGAUAGUAAGAAUAACUAAGUAUAGCUAAAUCAAAAUUUACUAAAUGA